GAGGAAUUUUCCAAAGAAAAUGCUAAUAAAUAUGAUGAACAAUUGUCAGAGAUGAUACCAACAUAUAAAGAGGAGGGAGUGAAGAAAAGUGCAUGUGAUGAAGAAUUACUGGCACAGAAGGCAGUAGCACAUGAUGAAGAAUUGUUAGAAGAGAUGUCACCAACAUAUUAUGAAGAUUUGUCAGCAAAAACAUCAACUGAUGAUGAUAAGGAUUUGUCAGAGAUGAUAUCACCAGCAUGUAAUGUUGAUUUGUCUGGAGAGAGAUCCUAUGUGUGUGAUGAAGAAGUUAUUGUACCAGUCAGCCAAAAGCAAGACGCCUCCAAGGAUCAGGAGAAAACAUUAAAGCCUUUGAUUGAAGAUGAUGAUGAUGAUGAUGAUGAUGAUGAUGAUGGUUGGUUUGGCCCAAGGACACUUUUCUUUUUUCAUAUAGAUUAUUUCAAGGCUGCUGGAAAAGAUGUCUGCUGACAAAAAAAGAGAAAGAAAAUUGUUUUUAUAAGAUAUUAAACAUUUUGUUUCAAAGGAGAAAAUAUAUUUUUUUUUCAAUCAGUCUUUGUACUUUAAUUGUGCAGUUGUAGUUAUUAAAAUAUGCAGAGGUCCAAAUUCAGGUUUAUACUUAUUCUU